AAAAUUUGUAGUUAAAAUUGCCACUCGAUAAUCCCCGCGUAGCUAUCAGUGACUCAGUGAGAACUCAGUCGUCUUCUCCCAAAGCCCAAACCAAAAAUGCGGCGUGCCAUAGACGCCCACCUCAAGGCCACCCGUCUCUUUCCCUCUCUCUCUUCUCUUUCUUCGUCUUCAUCUUCUUCGCCUACGCCUCUCCUCUCCGUCCGUACAAUCCUAACCUUACCCCAUCCUCAAAAUCCUUCCAUUUCCAAAACCCUAAACCUCCACUCAAUCACCACGUCUUGGUGUUCCUCGAUUCCAGGUCUCAGAAGCCAACCCCAAAUCGGCUCCAAUUUCAACGUCCUUGUCGUACGCUGCGUUUCAUCUGUCCCGCAUGCAGACACAUUGGAGUGGAACGAGCCGGUCUCGUGCUCGGAGGUCGGCGAUGGCCACAAAGCGACGGUGGACGAAAAUGCUAAGCCCUCUAUCCCUGUUAGAGCCUACUUCUUCUCUACCAGUGUGGAUUUGAGAAGCUUAGUGGAACAGAACAGGCUGAAUUUUAUCCCACCAACAUCGCGUAUGACUAAUUACGUUGUGUUUAGGUUCGGCGAGCCGUCCGAUUCUAACAAUGGUUUGGGUCUUAGUUUAAGUGGGAGUGACUGUUGCUACAUGGUAGUUUUUCAGUAUGGCUCCAUUGUCUUGUUUAAUGUUCGUGAACACGAGAUCGAUGGGUAUUUGAAAAUCGUGGAAAAACAUGCAUCAGGAUUGCUACCUGAAAUGAGAAAGGAUGAGUAUGAGGUGAGGGAGAAGCCAGCUUUGCACACUUGGAUGGAAGGUGGAUUGGAUUACAUAAUGUUGCAGUACUUGAAUGUUGAUGGAAUCCGUACUAUUGGUAGUGUUCUUGGUCAAAGUAUUGCUCUUGAUUACUAUGUGCGCCAGGUUGAUGGAAUGGUUGCAGAAUUUACUGACAUUAAUCGUGAAAUGGAAACUACGGGAAAGUUUAAAAUGAAGAGGAAAAAACUAUUUCAGUUAGUGGGAAAGGCAAAUUCUAAUCUUGCUGAUGUGAUUCUUAAGCUCGGACUUUUUGAGAGAUCAGACAUUGCCUGGAAGGAUGCCAAAUAUGCCCAGAUAUGGGAGUAUCUCAGAGAUGAAUUUGAGUUAACUCAGAGAUUUGCAAGUCUUGAUUUUAAGUUGAAGUUUGUGGAGCACAACAUUCGCUUUCUUCAGGAAAUUCUUCAAAAUAGGAAGUCCGAUUUUUUGGAAUGGCUCAUCAUUGCGCUGAUAGGUGCCGAAAUUCUUCUCUCUCUGUAUGACAUUGUCCACCGAUCGGCACUUGCUACGCUUUAGCACUAAUGAUCAGUGACCCGUGAGGUCAAACAUGCCCUUAUUGAAUGCCCUGGUCUUUGUAUAUUUUACUGUUCCCUUCAAUUUUGCUGCUGCAGCUUACACUUCUAAUACAUACCAGUUCAAUUUAUGUAAUUAAGUUGAUCUUAUAAUUUGAUGAUCAUUGAAUGUUAUCUUCGUUGUGUCAAGUUUGUAAA